AAUACAAAUCUGGCAACGCAGUGUGUUUUUAUUUGAUACAAAUAUAGUUUUAUUAUCACCAAGUUAUGGCAACAUUAAACCGGUUUAAUUUUAGAAUAGAGGUCUGCACCUGCCACUGUCACUGCACACACAAACAUCAACCUCUAUGUGUGUGUGUGUGUGUGAGAUGGACACAGAGUAUGAAACCCCCUCAGUGAAGGAUCUGGAACGGAUACUUUAUGGAGGAAUACGGAGCGGAAAUCAUGUGGACGAGGUUUGGCCCAACCUGUUUCUGGGAGACAUGUCGAUAGCUAACGAUCGCUACAGCCUGUGGAAGCUCAGGAUCUCACAUGUGCUGAAUGCUGCUCACGGGAAAGCACACUGCCAUGGCAGCCACGGGUUUUAUGGCUCGUCUGUGGAGUACUAUGGCGUACCAGCAGAUGAUUCACCGUCCUUUAAUCUCUCUCCUUACUUCCAACCGUGUGCAGACUUCAUCCAUCAGGUGCUGAACUCUCCUGGAGCACGAUUGCUGGUGCACUGUGCAGUAGGUGUGAGUCGUUCUGCUUCACUGGUUCUCGCCUACCUGAUGAUCCACCACCAGCUCCCCCUGCUGGAGGCCAUCAACACGGUGAAACAGUACAGAUGGAUUUUCCCGAAUCGCGGAUUUCUCCAGCAGCUUCGAGCGCUCGAUAUCAAACUGAACAAAACGCAGCGUCAAACAAUGACGUGAAGAGGAGAUUACACAUUUUUGCAGUUUCUCUGUAACAUGAUAAGUUUUAUUAAAGUCGAGAGAGAGAGAGAGAGAGAGAGAGAGAGAAUAAAGAGACGCUGGAGAGGGAAAGACUGUUAUAUCUACAGUAUUUGAAUGACUUAUCCAGAGCGACACACAUUUUAUACAGCUGAGCACUUGAAGGUUAAGGGCCUUGCUCAAGGGCCCAUCAGUGGCAGCUUGGUGGACCUGGGGUUCGAGCUCACAGCCUUCUGAUGUGUAAUCCAUCACCAUAACCACUAGACUACCACAUCGUUACUACCACUGUAUCUCAUGAACAAGAGAACAGGAACUCACUCACUACAACAUUAAAUAUUAACUAUUAAUGAAUA